CAGAGAGUCCCUCCACCUAGAACCGGCUCAGCUGCAGUUAGGCACCACACCACCAUUAUUUUCCUUCUCUCACACACAGACGUGUGAGUAGGAGAAGUAGGAGGCUAAGAUCAGAAUAGAGCGGAGGAGAGCAGAGGGAGGCGCGCCCCAGCCGGUACUCUGCUCCAAGGAUUUGAGCUUCAGGCAAGAAGAGAUACCAGGUGGCCAAGAUGACUGCCGGUUUCCAGCUUGGCGUGAUCGGGUCUCUCGCGCUCUCUGUGGCAUCGUCUGUCGCCAUUGUCAUCUGCAACAAAGCCCUCAUCAGCACCCUUGGCUUCCCAUUCGCUACAACAUUAACAAGCUGGCAUCUCAUGGUGACCUUCUGCACCCUCUAUGUGGCACAGCGCAUGCACUUCUUCGAACCCAAGGCGAUCGAUGGACACACGGUGGUACUAUUCGGGCUGCUGAAUGGUACCUCGAUUGGCCUUCUCAACCUUAGUUUAGGGUUCAACUCCAUUGGAUUCUACCAGAUGACAAAGCUGGCCAUCAUACCUUUCACAGUACUGUUGGAGACAAUCUUCCUAAAGAAAAGAUUCAGUGAGAGUAUCAAGUUUUCUCUGCUGGUUUUGCUGCUUGGAGUUGCCAUUGCUUCUGUCACUGACCUCAAGCUAAAUCUUCUUGGGUCGAUUCUUUCUGGCCUCGCCAUCGCCACUACUUGUGUUGGCCAAAUUCUCACAAAUACAAUACAGAGAAAGUUGAAAGUCACCUCAACGCAGCUUCUGUACCAAUCUGCACCUUACCAAGCAGCAAUUUUGUUUGCAACUGGCCCCUUCGUGGAUCAACUCCUUACUAACCGCAGCGUCUUUGCCCACCAAUACACUGCUCCAGUUGUGGGCUUCAUUAUUAUGUCUUGUCUGAUUGCGGUGUCCGUGAACUUCAGUACAUUCCUUGUGAUAGGCACAACAUCGCCCGUGACAUACCAGGUUCUUGGGCACCUUAAAACAUGCCUGGUUCUAUCAUUCGGCUACACCUUGUUGCACGAUCCCUUCACCAUGAGGAACAUAUUGGGCAUUCUCGUGGCCAUAUUCGGGAUGGCACUCUACUCCUGCUUCUCGGUGAUGGAGAGCAAGAAAAAGUCAGCAAUUGAAUCACUUCCAGUGUUGUCACAGAAGCCUGAGAAGGAGACUGAGCCACUCUUGGAAACCAAAGACGACAGCGAUAUCAAGAAGGCAAAUGGCGUAACCCAUGAGUACUAAGCAUCUUGUCUUGUUUAGCCUAGCCCAGCUCUACCAUCAGUACAUAUGCACAGUGUACGUUGCACGCCUACUCUUUUUUGUUUCCUCCAUUAGGUAUUCAUAAUUAUUAUCGAGUGGCACGAGAAGCAAAUGUACUGGUAUCUGUUUAGCUGGUGUAUAAUUUGACGUGGCAGUAGACGACUCGAUGUCGCCGCAACCGAAAUUGUAUAGAGGCACCAUAUGGUUCAUUUGGGGGAGAUCGGACUUCAAGAAA